UGUCAACGGGAUUGACAACGCGGGAAAUAAAAUCACUAAAGACCCUAAAAAAUAAUUGAGGUUAGGUAUUUAAAUUUGAUGCAAAAUAAGAAAUUAAUUUAUAAAAAUGCUACCUUUAUCGUUGCUACGUACUGCCCAAAACCAUCCCAUGCUUGUGGAAUUGAAAAAUGGUGAGACCUAUAACGGCCACUUGGUCAGUUGCGACAAUUGGAUGAAUAUAAACUUACGUGAAGUUAUUUGCACAUCAAGAGAUGGCGACAAGUUUUGGAGAAUGCCUGAGUGCUAUAUUAGAGGUAGUACGAUAAAGUAUUUACGAAUCCCAGAUGAGGUGAUUGAUAUGGUGAAAGAAGAAGCUGUUGUGAAGAAUAGAGGUAGGGAUAUGAAGAGUGGCCGCGGGGGGCAGAACCAGAGAAAUAGACCUGCAGCUAGAGGCAACUUUGGAGGUCGUGCAGGAAAAGCCGGCCAAGGCGGCAGAAAUCCCCCAUUCCAAAAAAAGAAAUAAUUUUAUCAAUCUUAGCAUGCCCAUUUUAUUUAUAAGAACAAUUAUUGUAAGAUAAAACCUGAAUAAAUAUUUGUUUUGGCUACUAAAA